AUGAAGCCCCAAGUGGGAACCCCCAACUGGUUGGAUGCCUUGUUCUCGGCGCCCAGCAACGAGGUGCGUGAUCAGGACUCGCUGAAUGAAGGUGAGGAGACAAGCGAAAACUGGGAUGGGAACGACUACCUGGAGGAGGAACAUGCAGAAGAGGAUCCUGAAGACGACGAGGCAGUCUAUCUUUCCGAAGCGUAUCGGGACUGGGAAAAGCACUACCUUCGUCGUUUGGCCAUGAGGAUACAUCGCUUAUUGGCUGCUGAACUGGAUCGAUCAGAGGAGGCGCUCUUCGCCAUCUUCGUCCAGUACGAUGCCAACUUGGACGGCCGUGUGCGUGGCGAUGAGGCCAAACAGCUCUUGAAGGCCAUUGAGGAAGUAGCACCUGGGAGCUUAGCAGAGAGCUCACCCACGCGGAAGGAUGGCAACAUCUCCUUAGUCUCCUUACUACGGUGGUACAACAAGCACACCCAUCAGUCCAGCUACACCUUCAGCGCCACGACUUUGCUGACGGGCGUGCUGGGCAGUGGCAUGGUGGGGUGCGAUGCCCGGCUGCAGGGCUUGGACUACUUGUCCCUUCGCAAGAACGUCAUGGGAUAUCGGAGGAUCUAUAGCCAGCUCCGGGAGUUGAAGGAGGAGCGAAUGUUGUCUGUGCUACAAGACAAAGAGAGUCAAAAUGGCUUGCUGGAGACUAUGCCUGAGUACUAUCGCCUCUUGGCGAAUGAGUUUCAGGGUGACAUGGAGCUCCUCUUCGAACUCUUCUGCGAGGUCGAUGAGUCCAACAACUUGCUCUUAGAGGAGCGCGCCACCGUUGACCCUGCUGCCCCCGAUACGCCGCAGGUGAAGAAAAAGAAACUGGACAUCCUCGGGUUCCAGGUACAGGUGGCAGAACAGAAGGUGAAGAAAGUGCUGCUGGGAGCCACCAGUUUUUUGGUCGUCUUCAAUGCACUGGCAUUACCCUUCGCGAUCCCCAAGCUUCGACGCUUUCUGGGAGCGCCAUAUGUCCCCAUGAAGCGGAAGGCUGUUGAGGCCCUCUUCGAGCAAGUUCUGCCACAAUGGGCGGCAACGCGCAGUGGGGCCUCUGGCAAAGGCCUGGAGAAUCUGCGCUUAGUGGACUUCGGGAGUGGCGAUGGCCGCAUCGUGCAGAUGGCCGCCGAGAAGGGGAUGCGUGCCACGGGCUACGAGCUGAACCCGUACCUGGUGCUGUGGUCCCGGCUGCGUUGCUGGCGAUCCUUCCGACGAGCUCCGGGGCAGGGCGAAGUACGAUGGGCCAAUGCUUGGUCCGCGGACCUCAAAGAUGUGGAUGUUGUCACUGUCUAUGGCCGUCCGGGGGAUUCUUUCAUGCAGCUGGCGGCCAAGAAGAUGGACCAGGAGUUGCCUCCACACGCUGCUGUGGUGAGCCACUUGUUUGACGUGCCUGGCUGGGAACGGCGCUUAGUUCAGGAUGUUGAAGGCUUGAAACUCUACGAUUUUCGCAGAGGCCGCAACAGCCAACCCAGCGAGUGA